AUGCCACGCGAGUACGAUUUUUCAGAGAAGGUCCUCUUCACAGAGGAGGAGAUCCAUGACAAUAUUCGCCGCGUCGCCCAGCGCAUCGCUGCGGACUACAAGGACAAGGGUCUGCGUGCCAUUGACAACCCGCUUGUCCUCAUCUGUGUGCUGAAGGGCAGCUUCAUGUUUACGGCUGACCUGUGCCGUGCGCUGAGCGACUUCAACGUGCCGGUGCGCAUGGAGUUUAUUUGCGUCUCAUCCUACGGCUCCGGCGUCACCUCCUCUGGCCAGGUGCGGAUGCUGCUUGACACCCGCCACAGCGUCGAGGGCCGCCACGUGAUGAUCGUGGAGGACAUCGUCGACACCGCCCUCACGCUGAGGUACUUGCACCGCACCUUCUUGGAGCGGCGGCCGGCAAGUCUGAAGACCGUUGUGCUACUCGACAAGGUUGAGGGUCGACGCCAGGCGUUUGUCCCGGACUACGUUGUGAUGACGGUGCCCAACGUCUUUGUGAUUGGCUACGGCCUCGACUACGACGACUCUUACCGCGAGCUGCGGGACAUUGUUGUGCUUCGCCCGGAGGUGCAUGAGGCGCGGGAGGCGCCGCGGAAGAAUCAGCUGCAAGAAAUGCCCACCGGCCUCAUCAACAGAGACACCGAGUGCGAGUUUCUAAGCAAAUACUGA